CUGAGCCACCACCACCACCACCACCGCCUCCACCUCCCCCGGAGCCCCGAGCGAGAACCAUGGAGGAGAUCAACAGCGUCGAAGUGGGUCCGUGCGCGGAGUCCGAGUACCUGAAGCCGCUGCGGGUGCACUACAACCAGAAUGGCACAAAGAAGACCUGGGACUUCAUGCAAACACAUGACAGUGUAUCAGUGCUGAUCUUCAACACCACCUCUCAUUGUUUUGUCCUUGUCAAGCAGUUCCGUCCAGCCGUAUACAUGUGUGAGUGGGAAAGGAGCAAGAAGCAGCCGCCUCAGCCUGCUGACAAAGCCGAGGAGGGCGCUGCCGAAGCCGCGGCCCCCGAGUCUCCCCAGGAGGGCCAGUCGGCCUCGGAGGGGGAGAGCUCCUCUCAGUUUCCCCCGGCCUCAGCGGGGGUCACCUACGAGCUGUGUGCCGGGCUGGUGGACAAACCCGACCUCUCGCUGGAGGAGAUCGCCCGGCAAGAGGUGCUGGAGGAGUGUGGCUACGAUAUUCCUGCCGCUAAGCUGAAGAGGAUUACUUCUUACAGGUCAGGCGUCGGUGUAACGGGCGCCAAGCAGACCCUGUUCUACGCCGAGGUGUCCGACGACAACUGCGUGGGCGCGGGCGGAGGUGAGCCACGGGAGGGCGAGCUCAUCGAGGUGGUGAAGGUCCCGCUGCACGAGGCCAUGACGUUCGCCUACGACGAGCGUAUACCCAAAACCAUGGGCGUCAUUUUUAGCUUCAUCUGGUUCCACAAUAACAUGUCUCCCAAGUACAAGAUCUCAACUAACGUGUAACUAGUAUUUACAAAACCCUUCUUUCAAAACAAUUAUUCCAAAUUAAAUGAAACACUGGCCCAGCACAUCCAUUCUUCCCCCUUAUGGCUCUUGAUCCUGUGUUGCCUUUUUGCUGAGUGGCACACGACGGAGGGUGGGCCCCUCGUCGUGGGGCCGGCAGGUUCCUUUAAGUUUUGUCCCGUUUACCUUUUCAGAUUUGAUGUGGUCUUAAAUCAUUUCCCUCAAAAAGAAAUUUGCCAUAGCUGGUCGUCUCUGGCACUUUUUUUUUCACGUUUUUUUUUAUUUUUAUUCUAUGUAUGUUAAUUAUCUUACUUACUGUGCCAUCUGUUAAAACAUGGCUGGAUAUCACUGAUUUCAUUUGCUUGCCCUUGAUUAGAGGAAUUCUCCACUGAUCUAAUUAAGGAUCUUGAAUGUGACCUUUAAAAAAUCUGUUGCUGGUUGUGAGAAGAAUAUUAUCGUUCCUCGAACUCGACUCUGAGCAUUCCUGCAAAAACACAAUCACUGGGAAACUCUCACCUCACAUCAGAUAUCGUAAACACAACUUUUCUGACUUUUGAAAAUCAUCCUGUCAGGGAAACAUGACGUCAUCUACCUUGAAUCCACCUCACAUGUUCUCUCACAGUAAACCAAUCUCCACUCUGCGCUCUCUCACCGCCGUGUUAGUGGAAUCUUACAACGAUCGUGAUUUCGUGAACUCACUGAGGAUCAACAUGGAAAUUUCCUCUUCCACCAUCCACCCUGUACGAUGUGAACUUGGCAUCGAGCCACUCACCAGCCACGUGCCCCUGGUUACCUCCAGUCAGCUGACAUUUCUUAUUUUAUUUUUAUGGAGUCUUACUCAUGCUCAAACAUUUCAACCUGAACGUUAGAAUCGAACAUUUAGUAUUUACAGCAUCAGCUUUUUCACCAUUGUUCUUAUCGCUAAUGCAAAAAUAACAAACCAGUGGAGUAUUCCUUUAAGCCAUGAUCCAGUCCUGCAAAGACUAUGCUGUUUAAUCGUGGGGCCUUGUAUCGACGGGGGGGUGGAGUCAGGCGCGUGUGUUUGUUAACCACCACUUGUUCAGGCAUGCCUCAAUUAAUCUAUCUGAUCCACAGCCUUGGAGCAAUACGUAUCACAGCACCCCUCGGGCUGAACCAUCCCUCAGUGUUGCUGAGCUCCUUCACCGCUCAGACAGAGCACACGCCUUCCUCUGCACCGGGGCCCCGCCUCCCAGUGAGUCAUCGUAGUCCAGCUCAAUCUGAAGCGUCCUGUACUAGGUUAGUCGUAGACAUGACACACAGAACUUUAUCUCAUGUAUUCACGGUUAUAGGAAUAAGAAAUAAGCUACAGUGGGUUUGUUUUUCAGGGGUUAUCUAGGGAAUAUCAGUCCGACCAAAAGAGGUGGUCUCAGUCUGGUUCAGUUCGUUUGCAGUCUGAAAACAUUUUUGGGGAUCGUUUGGACUUUAAAGAAAAGUCGUAGGAUUGACUUCCGUCUUUGCCUCCCACUAAAUAUUGUCAAGGACGUUCAUUUGGCGCAUUUGAACUAGUAUCCAGGACUGGUUACUGAUCCUGGUAGUAAUACUAUAAUGGUAUAACAGUGGGAACCUAGUUAACAAACUGAAUUUCUUGAGUCAUUUUGAUGAAUUGAAGUCAGACACACGCCCGUCUACUAACCACCCGAUCUCUACUGUAGGUAGACGCAGCCCACAGUGCGUGUGUCAUAAAAAUCUUUUAUUUAAUGCGCUCCCUUAAAUUCUGAUAUGAAACCAAAGCUGAUCAGAUCAAUUUAAACAAAGUAAUAAAGACUUUCAGUGUGAAAAACACCCUAAGAACCAGAUAUUUUGGCUCUAACCUGAACAUCUUAAGAUACCUUUUCUGUUUUUUUACCCUGGAGGACAUGUUGCUCUCUGAGAUACAGACACAGCCUGGAGGUUUGAACACAGCAGUGCAGAGUUUAGAAGCAGUCAAACCAUCUGACACAUUGCCUUGAACGAUAAUUCAUUUUGGAGUUCCAGCGCAAUACAUAUUGGGAAUCGUCAUUCACACUAAUCUCACAGAGUUGAUCUCCAACAGAACUUUGUCUAAAAAUCUCAGGUCCAAAUCAUCAAGCGUUUUGGCCGUUCAGGGAAAAUCCUCUGAGCGUGACGAUGACCAGCAACUUACGAUAUUAUCAUAUUUCCAAAAGUCACUUGCAGCCAAGAGGCGUCAAGGUUCUUACUCCUCUUACUGCCGUGUGUAUUAGUAUUUUUCUUCAUUCACAAAAAGGGCUGGUACUUCAUCUAUGAUUUAAAAAACCGUGACAAGACACAAAUUCCCCCCCCACCUCCUCGUUUUGUUAAAAAUAUGCAAGUACUGAAGCAGAGCUGUUUUUAGAAAAUCACUGCCCACCUAAAAAACAAACAACCCCCAUCUCAUUAUUUUUACAUUUCUAGAGUCGGAUAGAAAUAGAAGUAGAAUAGAAGCACGCUGGCAGAUCUUGCCGGUGAUUUCACGUCUAACCAGGUUUCAGAUCUUCUUAUCGUGCACCAGUGGUUUGUACUGGGAGCUGUUUAAAAACUGACCUGCCUGAAUAACCUGGUGGUUUGGUGAAUUUUGUUAUUUUUUUUGUAAGUAUUUGUAAGGAUUCUAAGUGCAAUGUUUAUAACACCUUAAAAUCCCAAAACAGAGUUAAAACAAGUUCCGGUCCUAAACUCACUGGGUUUUUUUUUUCUUCAACCAGUGAGACCAUUAUGAAAUACUCAAGGUCGAUGUAAAAAAUUAUUUAACAUCUUGUUUUUCUGGUUUACGAGCCUGAGGAACAGCUGACAAUCAAACGCCAACACUUGUCAUUUGUGGCCCAUAGUACCUUGUGUGUUGUUUUGUAGUUGUGUUCUUUCGUUGAGUUGUUGGAUGUUUGUUCUCGUCCCUCAUGAAUCUCCUGAAUCUCCCAGCGGUUCUCUCUGAAGAGGACUUGGCCUCGUUUCAUCCCUAUCUGGUGCCACUCGGGCUCGAAAUCGAUUGUUCUCAUCUGCACAAAUUAACAAAAUAUAUCAGAAUUAAUCCACCGAACUAAAUAUGUUUAGUUAGGUGGCAAAGAGAAAUAUUUGAGAAUGAAUUUCCAACCAAACUGUGUAGGAACAUAUGCAUUCAACCCGUAAAGCCAUAUUUAAGUCCCUCUACGGCCCGAUUAUUGAGUUUCUUAUCCAUUGGAGACCUUUCCUCGAUGUAGGAUUUUCUAGUUUAACUGGAGCAGCUUGAAUUUUUUUUUUAUUCAUUAUUUUAUGUUCAUGUCUUUUUCAAAACAACUCUCGUUUGGUAAAUUGAUCCAUAAUCUCUCAGGAGUAAUGAGGUUUUUCAAGCCUUUUGAAUAAAUGUCGGUAUUAAGUCUGAAUUUAGAUCAAACUUUUCAAAUACUUUCAAACUACAGGAAUUAGAUAUUAGGAGUUGGGACACUUUGGAAAGAUGUGGAAAGCACCUUUGGAAAAUGAGACAUAUUAAUUUCAUAUUAGGUUUAUUGUUUUACCUUGGGUUAAUACUUUAAAAAGGUUUGCACUCUUAUAUUCAGAAAACACAACUUUCCUCUAACGGUCAAUUGAACUUUUACAUUCACAAAAAAACCUUUAUAACACAAUCGAGGAAAGAAAUCAUAUUUGUCCUUUAACAAUAUUUUUAACUGCACCUCACAUCGUUAUAAUCAAUAUGUUUAAAUGUCUUUUUAUUUGGCAGCUUAUCCUCCUUCACCUUAUUUCAUCCACCUCCACCCCUCUUUCCUUCUAACGCUGAUCUCAGUGGUUUGAUGACGGAUUUCCAAACGGUGCUCCCAGUUUUCCAAUGUCCUUGUCUGGUUUGAGUUGUGACUAAUGAAAGUGGCCGCUUGUCUUCGGUUUGACUCUUGAUUAUCUGUCGCCCACACGUGAACACAUUUUACAGGUCUCAGCCAUAAUCAGUGCAGAGUUGACGGAGACAUAUCAAACCUGUGAAUCGUGAAUAAAGAACAGUUCCUUGGCUGAAAUGAGGGCGUCUGCAAACAAAAAGCCAUUUUUACUUCUGAGGUCAGUCUGUAACUUUGUGCCUGUGAGUCGUGGAAAGCUGCCGGUUGACUUCUCCUCAGGAGCUGAAACGUUUGCUCAGUGGAACGUCGUCACAGAAUCACGAGGCCGUGUUGCUUUCAUCCCCAGCGUUUAUCUGAGCGUUCGAGUGCGAGGACGCACAGUAGCAUUAAUGAUUGACACAAGGAAAAACAAACAUCCAGUCCCAACGUCUGAUGUCGUUACUGAAGCUCGAUUGUUUUGAGAGAAUUCAGUUGCCAAAAGAAACACAACCAGUGUGGCAGCACGUCAGGUUCAGCCGGUUCAUCCAGGACCUAUACAGAACAAAUAUAAGAUGGAAAUGUGGAUUUAAGUAUAGGUCUGAGUGUUUGUUUAAGUUCAAGCUGUGGAGUCGAGAUCUGCUUCAUCAGACCCGCAGUCUGUUUUGUACUCAAACAAUUUUUUCUUACCUUUAUAAGCUACUUAGAAGUGGCUGGUUAUGUUUUUUAUUUGUUAUUAUCUUAUUCAGGUUCAAAUGUUUCUGUUCUUCUGCAUAAAAUACUAAAAUUUGAGUUAAUCCCCAAACCCCAGACUCUCGUAGUGUUGAGUUCCAGACUCGUAGACGUCAGUAAUCGUGGCAGCGUUCACGGAGGAGUUAAAGGAAGAGUUCAACUGUUUGAGAAAUGCAAUAUUUCACCUUUUUGCAAAGAAUUGGCUGUUAAAAGUGACACCGCCUCCAUGUUUGUACAGUAAUUAUGAAGCUAUAGGGACGUACCACUAAGCAAAGGGUUAAAACUACAUGCUACACGGUUUGACUCCCUACCAUGGGGCCCUUGGGCAACUUAUACCCCACUUGAAUUAAUGAGCUUUUUAGAUUUUAGAGUUAAGCUGUUCAGACCUGGUGUUAACAUCUGUCCCGAGGGAUCCAAUCACAAGGUCAGAUAUGAACAUCCCAUUCCACAAAUUAUAUGGACAUGGAUAUCGAUAUUGAAAAUGUUGAACUUUUCCUUUCCCCCUCUGUGACGAGAUGAACUCUCCCGCUGCGACAAAACUAAAUGCACCUUUGCCAGUUCAGAGUGAAGUGGUCCGACCGGCUGUGUGUUAGAUAUCAAGGCAGAUUAACAUUUGAGGUAAGGAAAUGGUCGUCUGACUGGUUCUUACCUUGUGCUGGAUUUGGAUCACUAGCCCAGAAUCCGACAUCUCUACCUCCACCACUUGUGUGGGUGUGUGUGUGUGUGUGUGUCUGUGUGUGUGCGUUCGCUCGCCCGCUUCUAAAGCAUCGACAUAUCAAAUUCCCAACGCUCACUGGUUCUCUGUGACAGAAAACCAGAUCCAUCAGUACCACGUGUUUUUCUACACGUUCCCCUCACGGCGCUGCUGUAGUUGCUUUUUCUUUUUCACCUGUGAUUGUUUUUUAAUUAAUGGUUUGUGCGCCGUUCGACAAUUUCUUACUGUAUUCUCCAGCGAUCACGAGCUGAACCACGAUUCAUCAUUUUAAAUGUCGGGUUAUUCAAAGGUGCUAUGUGUAGUAAUCUGUAUUUAAAGAAGCGGUAUUAUCCUGUUACAUUGAUAUCGACCCAGGAUGUGACGGUUCCCGGGUUCCUCUGGCGAUCGGCUCAGUUUGUGAUUCUGUGCUCAUGAAAUCCUGGAAAAAGGCACUUUUGAUUUUUUUGGGAUGAAGUCCGCUCACGUUUGCUUCUUCACUUGCAGACCGGUAGCUGAAUAUUCAGAAGCAACAGGAGGAAGAUCAAUUAUAAGAUUUGCUGCUAUGAGGCAAAGAUGACGUGUAUCUCAUUCGAUUCAUAUUUUGGUGAAAACACACACGAUACCUUUAAGCGAAAGAAGUACGAUUAGUUUCUUUUCAUCGUGAAGAGAUUUGUCCAAUUGUGAUUUUCUUUUUUUCUUUCUUUCUUGUGUCUUACUCUGAAUUUGUGUUUUUAAAAGAAAAAUAUUUUCUGGAGGAAAAAAAAAAGUACAAACACGAACAUUUCUGAAUUUCUCAUGUAUUUUAAGCUUUAUUAAAAGUGUAUACUCAUUGUGGGCAGUGAUUUCAGUAAGGUUUGGAUUUUGUUAAUUUAUUACCUUAAUGUUGAAAUGUUUAACUUUUAAAACAUGACACUUGGUACAAACAUACAGUAUAUAUUUAAAUAUGAUACUUUGCAUGUGCACUAACUGUCUUGGAUGACAUUGCAUUAAGUUGAAAUAAAAUGGGUUUGAUGCCCAAAACGUCA